AUGAAGAGCCUCAAAUCCACGUCAUUGUGUGGUGCGUCCUUCUCAAUGCGAGGCACGUCAACAGCUGGAGCAGCAGCAAUCUGUGUCGGAAAGGGAGUGUGUGUGGUUGCUGCUACAGGGUUUGGGAAGCCGGGUGGUGGUAAGGGCAAAGGAGACACGAAGGAUGCGGAGAAAUCCCUUAAGUCAACGAUGGAGCUUGAUAAGUUCAUUGAUCAGCUCAGAAGCGCAGGCGAUUAUGAGCUGCCCCUUCUGGUGGCUGAAAAUGUGCUUGCCUUUGAUCAGAAGUUUUGGCUUCGACUGGUCACACGGGCCGAGUCAAGCUCUUCGGUGGAUGACAGGAGGGAUUUUGAGGAGCUGGCCCGGAAUGUGAUGGAAAUGGUGGAAAAGGUGGUCAAGAAAACGCAUGAAAACAUGGACAGCACCAGUGAUGCAUUGGCAUCCAUGCUUAGACAGCUUGGAGACGACAAUGAAGAAAUCUCUUGGCCUCCUUCAGGGGAGGUUUUGGCCAAGCUGCGACAGGAAGUCGAGCAAUGGGAUGAGGAUGGCCGCAUUGAUGAGAAGUUUCUUGCCUCAGUGUCAGCUCAAUUGAGACAGGCUACAGAGGCCACAGAUAAGCCUGGGCUUGUGGCCAUCUUGCAGAAGGUCCUUCAGUUGUACGCCUCAGCUCGUCUAGGUCGAAGGAGCUAUGCAACUCGCCGUGAUGGUACCAUUGAUGAGGCUGAGAAGUUUCUGGAAGCACUGAUACAAGCCCAUUCUGCAUGCGCCUCUUCUUCGCAUGGCGCGGUGUGGCCUUGCCUUCUGUCCCAACAAGGAGAGGCUGCGGAGGGGCAACAAGGACACGUGACCCCUUUUGCAGCUGCACUGAGGGUGUUUGCCCCUGGUGACCAGCACUGUCGACUGCUUGCAGUUGAGUUCCUGGCAGCUUGA